AUGUCCAAGAAAUCAGCAAUAGCAUUGCUAGUCACACUCCUGGUGAUGACGAAGAGCAUCGCUGUCGUCCCUGACGGCGAAGCCCCGGUUCUGGAGCUGUACAUGCACGACAUCCUCGGCGGCAGCAACCCGACAGCUCGGCCCGUGACGGGGCUCCUUGGCAACAUCUACAGCGGGCAAGUCCCCUUCGCCCGCCCCCUCGGCUUCCAACCCCCGAAGAACGGCGUGGCCAUCCCCAACGCCAACGGCGCCAUCCCCACCAUCAACGCCAACGGCAUCCCCCUCGGCACCGGCCUCGCCGGCACUGCCUUCGCAGGAAACCCUAACAACAUCAACACGGCCCAGCUGGGGCCGGACGGUUUGGGUUUGGGAUUCGGCACGAUCACGGUGAUCGACGAUUACCUGACGGCGGCGCCGGAGGUGGGGUCGCAGCAGGUGGGGAAGGCGCAGGGGGUGUACGUGGCGAGCUCGGCGGACGGGACGACGCAGAUGAUGGCGUUCACGGCGAUGAUGGAGGGAGGGGAGUUUGGGGAUAGUAUUAACUUCUUUGGGGUGUAUAGGAUCGGGAGUAGCAUGUCGAGACUGUCGGUGGCGGGGGGGACCGGGAAGUUUAAGAAUGCGUGCGGGUUUGCGGAGGUGAGGUCGCUGAUUCCGGCGGGGCAGCAUGUUUUGGAUGGGGUUCAGACGCUGCUCAGGAUGACUGUGCAUCUUACUUACUGA